AUGGGGGACCAAACACCGUCCUUCAAACUAUCUCGUACUGUGCUAAAAAACAACAGCACCAUUCACCAGGGUACAGUUGACAUGGCCACAGGUAACGGUAAUAAUGAUUCUUCUAAUGAUGAGGAAAUCACUGAACUGAACGGCUUGACGAAAGAACAGGACAACCCAGAAAUCAAUAGUACUGGAAGUGUUGAGAUGGAAGAUGUCAACCAAGAGAUUGAUGGAAUCGGUAGUGUUGAUCCGGCGGAAAUACAUGCAGCAGACAACACCAAGACGACAAAAUCCCCCCUCAAUCCACUGCCUCCAAUUCUUGAUGAUAUAGUACCUCUCCCACCAAUCCAUCCAACCACAGCACCAGCACCGGCACCGGCACCAGCAAAUGUCCCUGGGGCUCAGUCUAUUUAUGAUGGCUUUUCGGGAAAUCCAAAUUCUUUCGGCAUCAACCACGGAGAGCAUACAGCAAGCAAUCUACAGGAAAGUUUCACGGAGGCAGCCAUCCUAGAAAUUGACAACCAAGAAACUCACUUGCUGGAGAGUGACGGUGCUGGUACAGAACCCAGAAUACUACCCAAACACAGAUCCAAGAAGCACUGGAGGCAAAGGUUACUUCGGGUCCUUUCGUUGGAAAUCAAUGUGUUCCUGUUAGCGGUGAUGGCAAUACUCCUGAUAAUUUUGGCAGUGUCUAAUGGAGGACACACCAGCAGCAACUCCAGUCAACCAAAUGUCAUUGAAAUGCCUCCAAGGAAUCCCAGCACUCCACAAUUGGCAACAAUGCCAACAAUGGCACCAACAACAUUUUUGGAAUCACUACCAGAAUAUUCACUGUCAGCUAUGGAACGAGCACAGUCUCCUCAGUCCAAAGCCUAUCAAUGGCUCAUCAGCAACCAAAACUCCUCUCAAGAAUUACCUAGGUGGAGACUAACACAAAGGUUUGCUCUAGCCACAUUCUACUUUUCUACGAGGGGAGACCAUUGGGUUAGCCAUCGUGGAUGGCUCGAUUGGGCGACAAAUGAAUGCAACUGGGAACAAGUCUACGUUUUACCAAAUAGCACUCCAGAAAUGACCUGCAAUGAGAAGGGAGAAAUCACAGUAGUGACAAUUGAGAGGACCAACAACCUGGAGGGAACCAUUCCACCAGAGAUCUCAUUGCUCGGGAACAGUCUCGAGUCUUUCAUGUUGUAUCGACAACUGACAUUGACAGGAAGUAUCCCAACUGAGGUCGGACUGCUAACAAAAUUGACUCGAUUACUUUUGAGUGUAACAAGCAUUAUUGGAACACUCCCAACAGAGCUCGGGUUGUUGCAGGAUCUAGAGGAGAUCACGAUUCUUGAGUCACACCGAAUCUCUGGAUCAUUGCCUUCAGAGCUUGGCAAGUUAGUCAGGCUAUCGGCAUUGCAUGUGGCCCGAACCAAUCUAGCAGGUUUAGUUCCUGUUGAAAUUUUCCAAUUGCAUGGUCUUAGGUAUCUCACCAUUGAGGAGUGUCCUGGUUUGAUCACUGAAUGUGCUCUUGAACAAGUUGUUUGCAAUAUGCAGCAGCUGGUAUCUUUUUCCUUGUCAAGCCGAAGUUUUGGAGCAGCCAUUUCAAUUCCAUCUGAAAUUGGCAAUCUCACAGAACUUCAACUCCUUAGGCUUCACGAUUGGAGAAUUCAUGGCGCUCUCCCAAGUGAGCUUGGGAAGUUGACAAAGCUGGUCGCCCUAGACGUUUCCGGCAACUCCAUCUUUGGAACGCUGCCACAUGAGUUGUUUGCACUGACCUAUCUGUACAGUUUACUGGUUGGCUCCAACCAGUUGGAGGGGACACUGCCACUUGAUCUUUUCACCAACUUGGCAAGGUUAGAGUACCUAAACAUGAAUGGCAACCACUUUUCAGGUACAGUUCCAACUGAGGUUGGCCUGCUGUCUAGUCUUGUGAAACUUGAAUUGCAGAAUACCAGCCUCUCUGGCACAAUACCCACCGAGCUAGUUGCCCUGGAAAACAUGACGAGCUUGGCAAUCAAAAAUACAUCUUUAUCGGGCAGCAUCCCUGAAGAGCUGUGCGAGAAGUUGUACCAAAAGCAAUGGCAAUGCCAUCAAGUUGCACCCUGUCAACUUCUACCUGUUAAAACCAACACAUCAGAAUGCCAUGGAACUGGUCUGUGUGGAUGUGAUUGUGGUCCUUGUCCAUGA